CUGAUAUGCGGCCUGUUGUGUUUUGAUUGUUGGCUCGGCUACAGCAGCUACCGCAGACAUGGCGGCGGGAGACUCGGACUUCAGGUGACUCCCUCCAACAACCUUUGUAGCAGCGUUAAAACUUUCUUGAGCAUAAUAUCACUGGAAUAAGCGGGAAACUGGCAGCUUUGGUGGGCGGCCGGCUCCGCCUGGAGAACAUGAUGGAGGUCACGGCGGAGGGAGAAGCGGAGGAGCGCAGGAGGGAGCAAUGGAAGCUGCUCUCCAGCCUGAAGACCACAGUGGAGGGCCUCGUGUCCACCAACAACCCCAACGUCUGGUCGCGAUAUGGCGGCCUGCAGAGGCUGCACAAAGACAUGAACAACAUCCUUGGUCACAGACUGAAGAACGAGCAGAUGUACUACAAGCAGCGAGACUACUGGCCUUUUGUUUGGUGUGUUCGCUACAUCAGCCCCCACCUCGCCAUGCACGUUGAACAGUUCAAUCACAUGGAGCCGGUUUUGAGCAGCGGGUUGCGCAGCGCCGGUGAGAGCCACAAGGCCGAGCGCUGGUUGCUGCACAGCUUGCAGGUUCAUAAGCUGUCAGCUCAGCUCAAACCUCUGCUGAGGCAUUUGGGAAACACACGGAAAUAUUACAAUGACGAUGCCUUCCUGCUGAGUGAGCCUCAUGUGACGGCCAUGUUUCAGUGUCUGGAGGCUGUGGAGCAGAAUAAUCCUAAACUGCUGGCCCAAGUAGACACUGUUGGGCUUUCCCCGCUGAAAGGCUCUCCGUGCCUGAGUCUGCUGAAGAGCCAGAGCCUGUGUGUGCUGCCAGGGGCCGGAGGGACCUGGAGGAACGCCGACACAGCUCCUGGAGGAGACUCUCUGAACCGCAGACUAACCACCUCAAACUGCUCUCUGCGAGAAGCGGUCGCGGCCAACCACAGGCCAGCAAACACUACAGCAGCUCGAUCCUACACUACCUCUCCAACCAGCAGCGUGGAAACUCCGUGGGUGAUUGUGUCCAGGCCGGGAGGCAGUGAGCGAGCUGUGACGCCGUCUCCUGGAUCAAUUUGCGUCCCUCGCAUCUCCCUGUCGGAGUCCCCGUCCUCCUCCGUUCAGCCCGAGGCCGGGGACUCCUGCGACGGCGACUCCGACGAUGGACCGGAGUAUCUGGCUAUCGGCAACCUGGGGCACCGCAGUCAUCGUGAUUCCCAAAACUCCACCCACAGUAGUGAGCAGGACGAGACAAAGGAAUCUGGCACACAACAGAGUUCCCAGACCUCAACCCCGCCGAGGCGCUCGUCUUUCUCAGAGGGCCAGAGAGGCCCCGGCAGGGGGGCCAAAGGACACACCCGCUCGUUUUCAGACACAGGGAUCAGUCAAAAACUCAGGAAUGGAGGGGGCCACAGAAAAAUCACCAUAAUAAUAGAGGAUCCAGUAGCAGAGUCAGCAAGUGAAGACUCCAGCAUGAAGGACUACAGUCCCUUCUCUCCUCAGCGCAAUACCAGCACUCCCAGUUCCUUUUACAUGGAGUCCUAUGGGCCCCAAUACAGCAGUGUGCCGGAUGGGAUGUUCAGGAAGCCAUCGAAGGGGCAGAGCCUCAUCAGCUAUCUGUCAGAGCAGGACUUUGGCAGCUGUGCUGACCUAGAAAAGGAAAAUGCUCAUUUCAGCAUCUCCGAGUCCCUCAUCGCUGCCAUUGAGCUGAUGAAAUACAACAUGCUGCGCCAAGAGGAAGAGGGCGAGGAGGAGGGAGACAGCGACUCCGAGAUUCAGCAGCUCAAACAAAAGAUCCGUCUGAGGAGGCAGCAGAUCCGCCGCAGCCGUCUGCCACCCUACACAACCUCCCAGCACCAUUUCCACUCCACUGACAGCGGAGGCUCCAGGAGGAGCUCUCAGGACUCCUACCAGGGCCUGUCAGACUCCGGCUCGGCCGAGGAGGUGGAGGAAUGUGAACUGCAAGAUGGCUGUGCGGGUCAGUCCCUGCUGGCGGUGUCUCAGAGCGGCCUCUCCUUGUCACUCGCCUCCCUCUUCUCAGAUGCCGAUAUAAAGCGCAGUGUAAGCUCCAGUGGCAGGUCCUUCCUGAGCUCAGAUUCCAUUUCUCCCUCCUUCCUCCAGUCUAACUCAGCUGAGUCGGUGGCGAUGGGUUUGCUCAGGCAGUUUGAGGGCAUGCAGCUUCCUGCAGCUUCAGAGCUCGACUGGCUGGUUCCAGAGCACGAUGCUCCACAGAAGCUGCUGCCUAUUCCCGACUCUCUGCCCAUCUCUCCUGACGACGGCGAGCACGCAGAUAUCUACAAGUUGAGGAUUAGAGUUCGAGGCAACCUUGAGUGGGCGCCGCCGAGACCACAGAUUAUCUUCAACAUUCAUCCUGCACCAAAGAGGAAGAUCAUUGUUGCCAAGCAGAACUACCGCUGUGCCGGAUGCGGCACCAGAAUUGACCCAGACUACAUCAAGCGACUGCGAUACUGCGAGUACCUCGGCCGCUACUUCUGCCAGUGCUGCCACGAGAACGCCCAGGCGGUUGUUCCUGGCAGAGUUCUCAGAAAGUGGGACUUCAGCAAGUACUACGUCAGCAACUUCGCCCGAGAUCUGUUGAGCAAGAUUUCAGCAGAUCCUCUGUUCAACCCAAGUGACAUCAACAAUGGAUUGUACAAGAAGAUCAAAUCUCUGGAGUCUGUCAGGGUUUUAAGAGUGCAACUUUUUCACAUGAAAAAUCUCUUCAAGACUUGUCGCUUUGCCAGAGGGGUUCUGGACCAGUUCGACAGCGUGCCAGGUCACCUGACCGAGGACCUCCAUCUUUUCUCGCUCAACGAUCUCACUGCUGUUCGCAAUGGAGAACUGGCUCCCCGGUUGAAAGAGCUGCUUAAGCUUGGGACCAUGCAUGUAGCUGGUUGCGUGUUGUGUCAGGCGAAGGGCUUCGUCUGCGAGUUCUGCAACAACGACAAAGACAUUAUCUUCCCCUUCCAGCUCAGCAAGUGCCAACGCUGCGAAGAGUGCCACGCCUGUUACCAUCAGAGCUGCUUCAGGACAGGUAAAGACUGCCCCCGGUGUAGGCGGCUGGCGGAGCGCCGGGAGAGGAUGGCGUGCAGAAACAUGGAGGAGCAAGAGGACGAAGGAGGGGGGACUUAGCGCUGGCAACACCUCAGGUGACCUCAGGAAAGAAGAAGAAGAAGUGGAGGACAAAUCGACGAUGAUUGUAGUCUCUGACCUUCUCCCCAUCUUUAGCUCAUUCCUCUCGGAUCAGCAGGGAAAGCUGUUUUUGACCAGAUCGCCACGUAUGGAAGUGGAGUUGUGAGAUGAAUGUUUUCUACAAGCCCCUUCAAGACACGCACUUUAUUUUUUAUUAAUGCUUGAAAAGUAUAUUGAUUAUUCAGCAAAUGCCAUUCAAUUUUCUCCACAAUGUGGGAAAAAAAACUAAGGCAUUCUUUAAAAUUGACACAUUGAAGAUUUAAUUUCUUAAACCUACCAAGCUAACAAUUCAGCCUUUACUCCUAAAAAAAAUCGGAGUUUAAUUGUUUUGAUUAAAAAUGAUUUUAAGUUCAUUAUAUAUACUCUUCUACUUACCAGCUUUCCUCAACAGUGCUGAAUCAUUCUAGUACAAAUAGACCAGCUCUGCAUGAGAGAUCAAACCUGCGGCCUUGCAGUUACUUGACGCUAAUAAUUUUUCAGUUUUAUGUGCAGCACAAGCCAAAGACCACCUUUAACUUUCAGCACUUGUGUGUUGUGAAAUUUAUUGUGAAAUGUAACCAAUCUGUCAACAAAACAAGAGUAUUUAAUUUAGCCUGAGGCUUCUCCCUCUUUACACAUACUGCUAAGAUGCUUAUUUUAUUAAUUUGACAUUGUUUUGUUGACGCCUAACAUGGUAGGAUACAUUUAUUUGUGAGAAUAACACUGGAAGCUUAAAAAUGCAUAUCUUAAGAUUUGACAAAUAACAGUUUAGGUCUUAACAGGUCUUUUUCAUUUAAACUGUUGUUAAAUAUUUGAAUAUUGAAAAAAUAUUCAAAUAUUUUGAAUAAAAUAUUAAGAGAAUAUUUACCAUGUACUUUUCCAUUUUUUGAGCCUUAUGUUUUGUGUUUUAUGCUGUUUUAGACACUUCUAUUGUGACCAAUGAGCAUGUAAUGGAAACAAUGGUGGAGUGUCUCAGCAGAGCUGAGGAACAGGAGUCAUUGUUGCAAACGUUAUCGGUAAACCUGGAAAUGAUAGUUGUCCUGCUGCUCGGAGUGUGUGUGUGUGUGUGCGUGUGUGUGCGCGUGUGUGUGUGUGUGUGGGUGUGUGUGUGUGUGUGUGUGAGUGCUGGUGUGCAUAUCUACCUGCUGCCCUUGCUGAUUUCUAUUGUUGCAGCUUUUGAGAUUGCCGCGUGUUUGGUUCUUUGCCCUGCUCCAGUGUGUUCUGGUGGAGUUUGGAUGUAAUUCUGCUAAUGUUCCUUCUAAGAACAUGAACUUUGAGCUUGAAAUGUUUCUGACUAAUGAUGCCUGAAGCGGUUUUGAUCUAAUGUUCUAACAACUUAUUCAUCACUUUCUUAAGUCAAACUGUUUUUACUCAAGUUUUAGCAAAUUGGCUUACUGCAUUAGAGGUUUAAAAUGAUCAUAUUCAUGUGUUUUUUUUUUUUUUUUUUUCCAAGUAACUCCACGUGUUGACAGAAAUGAGAUUAGCUGAAAAAUUGCAUUUUAGACUUUUUAGAAAUGUUUUUUGCACUUAUGUUAACGGUUAGAUUUUCAUAUUUUUCAUUUGUGGACCAGUAUGAAUUAGCAGACAUUUAUGUUAUAUUUAUUCUUGAGGUUUCAAAAAGCUAACAAACGGUUCUUUUUCUUACAAAUUACAUAAUCAAAAAUAGUCUUAACCGGAUAAUUAGUACAUCUAAUUAAUCCUACUACUAACGACUAAUCUCUUCAAAAUCAAUCCAUUCUUUAUUUAUACACUUGAUUUGUCUUCUUUUCACUAAAGAAACCUUUCAGUUUAAAGCUUUUGAACAAAGUAUCCGCCCAGCACCUCUGAUCAGCUUUGUUUUGGACCUGCCUUUGUUGUGGAGGAGUGAAGAGGUUUAAAGUGCACUACAUAGUUAAAAACUUUUAUUAAAAAUGUUGAUUGUUCUUGACUUCCUUUGAGUAUGUAAUGAUGUUCACAAUAAAUGACUGACAAGACUGUUAAAA